AUGGAGUCCUAUAAUGAAGCAAGAGCAGAGAACCAUUCAUGCAAAGCAAGCAAACUAGAAGAAAGAUGCAGGAAUCAAUUGGACGAAAAAAGGGCAGAAUUACACAAGACGAAGCAAGAACUAAAGCGAGCUAAAGACGAUGCCAUGCAGUCAUGGUUAGAUUCCAGGCCUCUAAUUGAUGAGCUUGAAAAGCUACAAUCAGGCCUUGCAAGUGAACAGAAUCGAUCUACCACGUCUAACGUUGUCAUCUUGGAGCUUGAAUCUCAGCUUAAAACGACCAAUAUGAGUAUCAGAUCAAGAAAAGAGAUAGAACUGAAGGUCAGAACCAUGAUUACCCAAUUGAAUCAGUAUUUGGAUGAGACCCGCCAAGAAAUGGAACAGAUAAAGCAGAAAACAGAUGAAGAACGCCGGGCCAGAUCAAAACUAAGGCAAGUCCUGCGGUUGCGAAGGCAAACUCUUGGGACAUUGCAGCUUACCCUUGGAGCGGUGCAGUUAGAAUCAGAAGCCUUUGGCGCAUCUACUGCAGAGGCCCUUCGCUAUACCAUUUCACAGAUGGAAAAUAACCCAGUCCAACUCACUCAGGAAGACUAUUCUGCGCUAACAAGAAGAGCUAAAGAAGAGACUUCACUUGCGGAUUGGCGAGUUUCAGUGGCCAUGGAACAAAAGCUUUCAGCCCAAGAAAGCCGAAAAUUGAAAGAAGUAAACUCCAGCAAUCGAUCAACAAAAAAUAAAAUGAAAGGCCUAAUGAAUGGCGAUGGAAAUUCUGCAAAAGGGGAAGAAGAAGGUUCAAGGACCAGCAAGGGAGCCCAGAUCAACACUGGGCAUGCUUUCCCUAAAGCUCGAGCCAUUCCACCUGCUGAGGCUAGUAAAAGAAACCCACGACAAUUGAGAGGAUCAAAAACUACUAACAAAAAGAUAUUGCUCAAGAGAAAGAAACCAUCCAUUUUUGUUCAAAUAAGAAGUUUUCUUGUACGAAAGAUAACAAGAUUGUUUGCUUGAUCUUGGAUAUAUUCAUCAACUACCAAUUUAAUUCCAGCUACAAUGUUUGCUUCACAGCAACAAAAAUGUUCUGAACAAAAUUUAGCUCAAACAUUGACCACCUGACAUUGUUCUCUCAAAAACCUUCCGAUGAUGUUCUCUCCAAAGGAUCUGGAAAUUUCCUACAGCUCUG